AUGCCGUUGAUCAGAGGACACAGCUAUGAGUACGAUCUGGUGGUAAUUGGCGGCGGUUCGGGUGGGCUGGCCGCUUCAAAGGAAGCCGCGGCUCAUGGCAAGAAAGUAGCUUUGCUAGAUUUUGUCGCUCCCACUCCUCAGGGAACUACAUGGGGUCUUGGCGGAACUUGUGUCAAUGUCGGCUGCAUUCCCAAGAAGCUAAUGCACCACGCCUCGCUCAUUGGUCAGGACAUUGAGGACGCGCAGUUCUUUGGCUGGCAAACUAAGGAUGGCCAACCGCUGAGCAGUAACAUGAAACACGACUGGACUACGCUGGUCAAUUACGUUCAGAAUAACAUUAAAAGCAGCAACUUUGGCUACCGCAAUGCGCUGCGCGAUAACAAGGUCAAGUACGUCAACGCCUUGGGAUCGCUGGUCGAUGCGCAUACGAUUAAGCUGAAACACAAAAACGGCAAAGAGGAAACGAUGACCUCGAACCACUUUUUGAUUGCCACCGGAGAGCGCCCGAAGUACCCGGAAGGUGUUGAAGGUGCGCUGGAGAACGCCAUCACCUCUGAUGACAUCUUCUCGCUGCCGUACAAUCCCGGCAAGACGCUGGUCAUUGGCGCCUCCUACGUCGCCCUCGAGUGCGCCGGUUUUCUGAAGGGCAUCGGCAAUGACGUCACCGUCAUGGUGCGCUCCAUCGUCCUGCGUGGUUUUGAUCGACAGUGCUCAGAGCUGGUGCGCUCAUACCUAGAAGACGUUGAGAAAGUUCGCUUCAUUGACACCUCAGUACCAAAGAAGAUAGUCCGCCUGGACGGUGUUGAUCAGCCGAAGCCGGGCAAACUGGCGGUGACCUACGCCAACGUGGCCAGCGGCGAGGAGAAAACGGAGGAGUUCAACACCGUCCUCUUCGCCAUCGGCCGCAGCCCCUGCACUGACCAGAUCGGCCUGGAGGCGGCCGGCGUCGUCAAGGACAAGUCCGGCUACAUUCCGGUGGUCAACGAGCAGACGAACGUGCCCAACAUCUACGCCGUGGGGGACAUUCUGGCGGGGAAACCGCAGCUGACGCCGGUGGCCAUCGAGGCGGGCGUCCUCCUCGCCCGGCGGCUGUACCAGAAGGGCGCCGAUGUGCAGUGCGACUACCUCAACGUGCCCACGACCGUCUUCACGCCACUGGAGUACGGCUGCUGCGGCUACACCGAGGAGGCCGCCACGGCGGAGUUUGGCGAGGAGAACAUCGACGUCUACCAUCAGUUUUUUGCGCCCACCGAGUGGCGUCUCAACUACUACGACCGACCGCGGAAGCCGCUCAACGUCUGCUACGUCAAGGUCAUUCCGAAAGAAGAGCGUCUACUGGGUUUUCACUACGUCGGCCCUAAUGCAGGUGAAGUCACGCAGUUUGUUGGCAUUCCACUGAAGUUGAAGGCAACCAAAGCUGAUUUGGAUGCGCUCAUUGGCAUCCACCCAACCAAUGCUGAAUUGUUCACUACUCUCACCGUUACAAAACGCAGUGGAAAGGACCCCACUCAACAAGGUUGUUGCGGUUAA